AAAAAUGGAAGAUACAAACUUAGAUCUAUCAAUUCAAGAGGAAGACAUUUCCGUCCACGAUAAAUCAAAUCCUGAAGCAGAGACAGGUGACACACAAGCUACAGAAGUGGAAAAGUCUGGUGCCACCAAAAAGAGCCCCAAUCAUAACAAAAAGUUUCUUCGGUUACCUUUAGCCAGGGUAAAACACAUGAUCAAACAAGACCCUGAUGUCAAAAUUAUUGGACAAGACGCCGUUUUCCUAGUGGCCAAAGCAACGGAAAUGUUCAUUGAGUUCAUGAGCAAAAAAGCUGCUGAUCAGAUAGUCAAUACCAAAAGGAAGACUGUACUCAAAAGAGAUGUGGAAGUUGUAGUCAAUAAUGUGCCAAAUUUGUGUUUCCUUGAUGGUACUUUAGAAUAGGGUUAAUUAUUUAUUUUAGAUUUAAGAGUGGGAUUAAUGUUGUGUUUAAUUACUUAAAUUAGAUAUUAAGGUAUUGUUGAAUACUAUAAUUGUAAAAAAAAUAUUUUGUAAUAGUUUAAUUUGUUACCUAAUAAAACACAUUUUUAAUGUUGCAAGUAUAAUAUGAACAACAAUUGAAUAAAAAUAUAAUUUAAAAAGUGGA